CGUACAGGAGACUAGAGCACUGCUGUCUGCCACCAAGGAGUUUGAUCGCUCAGCCCUUUUCUGUGGAUUACUGGACCCGAGCCCCAGAUAUUCCCAAGAAGCACUUGGGCCGUCGAGCAUGGAUGUUCAAGGCCGAAUGUUUCCUCGGGUGAUCCCUGAGAAUGGAGACCCCCGUGGAGAGGUUAAUGAACAACACCAAAUCAAUGGGGUGGAUGCCGAGGUGCCCAUCUCCAAUUCUCAGAGAAGGCGCAGCGACAUCAAGGUUUACAAGGAGUUCUGUGACUUCUACGCCCGCUUUAACAUGGCAAAUGCUCUGGCAAAUGCCAUCUGCGAACGCUGUAAGGGUGGCUUUGCUCCCGCGGAGAAGAUCGUCAACAGCAACGGGGAGCUGUAUCAUGAACCGUGCUUCGUAUGUGCCCAGUGUUUCCAGCAGUUCCCCGAGGGGCUCUUUUAUGAGUUUGAGGGCAGAAAGUACUGUGAACAUGACUUCCAGAUGCUGUUCGCCCCUUGUUGCCAUCAGUGCGGGGAGUUCGUUAUUGGCCGCGUCAUCAAGGCGAUGAACAACAGCUGGCACCCUGACUGCUUCUGCUGUGACAUCUGCCAAGCCAUUCUGGCUGAUGUGGGAUUCGUCAAGAAUGCGGGCAGACACCUGUGCCGUCCGUGCCACAACCGGGAGAAGGCACGUGGCUUGGGGAAGUACAUCUGUCAGAAGUGCCAUGCCAUCAUCGAUGAGCAACCGCUCAUCUUCAAGAAUGAUCCCUACCACCCCGACCACUUCAACUGCACCAACUGCGGCAAAGAGCUGACUGCGGAUGCUCGGGAGCUCAAGGGAGAGCUCUACUGUCUGCCCUGCCAUGACAAGAUGGGCGUGCCCAUCUGCGGCGCCUGCCGCCGGCCCAUCGAGGGCCGUGUGGUCAAUGCCAUGGGCAAGCAGUGGCACGUGGAGCAUUUUGUGUGUGCUAAGUGUGAAAAGCCGUUCCUUGGACACCGUCACUACGAGAGAAAAGGACUGGCUUAUUGUGAGACGCACUACAAUCAGCUCUUUGGCGAUGUCUGCUAUCACUGCAACCGUGUGAUUGAAGGAGAUGUGGUGUCUGCGCUCAACAAAGCUUGGUGUGUGAACUGCUUUGCCUGUUCCACCUGUAACACCAAGCUCACUCUCAAGAACAAGUUUGUGGAGUUUGACAUGAAGCCAGUGUGUAAGAAGUGCUACGAAAAGUUCCCCCUGGAACUGAAGAAGAGGCUGAAGAAACUAUCGGAGACAGUGAGCCGCAAGUGAACAUCCACAGCCACGUUGGGAUCCACAGACUGGCACAGCUGCAUAUUCCAGUCAUGCUGAACUCAGUACCAGAGUGUUGGUGGGCUUUAACAAGGGGUGUUACUCCAUGCUUUCUUUGUUUCAUAGAACUGUUUUUAAAAGCCAAUAUCACAAUAUCAAUGCUGAUGGCAGAACAGUAUUAGGAAUUGUGCAACAGUAAUUCCAUUAAGUAUAGAACUUCUGUUGUGAGACUUGUUGAGAAUGUAUGCACAAAAAUUCAUUUAUUUGAAGCCCCCCCCCUCCAUGUAGACCUAUAAGAAAAUAUUGGGAAAUGGUAACUUUUUGCAUUUCUUAACGUUACGGAAAGGGGAAAGGAGUGCCUGUUACAUAUAUGGGGCUUUGCCCUUCUAUAUACAUAUAUCUGGAUGGGUCAGUUUUCAUUUUGCAUGUUAAUAGCUGUCAGUUCCAAAAGGUAAAUUCAGACAUUUAGUCUCUUCAGUGUUCAGACACACCUCCACGUAUAUUUUCUGUGUAGCUUUCAGCUGCGCUAUAUGCAUGGCUUGCAUUGUUCAUGUAUGUAAGUUUUGGUUUAUGAUUAAACAGUGUGUACUGGGGUACAUCAGAAGUGAUAGCACAGAUAUGGCAAUAAGAUUUUUUUUGAUCUUGUAGUAGAUGUGUAUUUUGCAAAGAAUUGCUUCAAUACUGUAAAGGUAUCAAAUGUUUUUACAUUGUCCUUCCCUACUAUAACAGUUUUUGCAACAAACAGGCCAAAAACACAAGAAUGUUACAUUUGGAAGUUUGUUGCAAAUUUUUUUCAUAAAGUAUCUCUACAACUCAAACUCUUGACUCAGUCAAAAUGUGUUCUUUGUUGUGAAAGUACUUACCAUGCUGAUGUCAAUAAAUGCAGAUCCA